AUGCGUCCUGCCAUGCGUACUCCUCUUCGUGGGGCAUUUUAUGUCUGCUCUAACUGUAAGCAGGGAGUGGUUCCUACCGGCAUUUCACCAGCUGCCCGUCAAUUCCGCCGCUAUGCAUCGUCCGAUGAUGCCCCGGGUUUCCUCGAACGGACUCGACGAAAACUGUGGAAGGACGGCAAAGCCCCGGGUGGAAAGGAUCCCUAUACCGGAGAAUCACAAUUGACCCGCUCACCCGCUCACGAUGAAGAUCUUGAGCUAGCACCUGGUUCAGACGAUGCCUCACGAGAUUUGGCACCCGGAGAUAACUAUAAGCAGGCACAGACCUGGGAUGAUUUGGAGACCAUUGGAUUUUCGGGAGAGGAGCCCUUCACUCAGAGGGAAACCCCCCGUAAGACUGAUAACUACCAACGGUACGACGCGAAGGUUUUCCCUCAAUCUCAUGGGCCUGCUGCCUACCAAGCUGCUGUCGAGAUCUGCCUGAUGCACAUGCUGGGCAAGCCCUUGACUAGCAUCAGCGGGGUCACCCGCCACAACAAGGUCGUCCGCAAAAUGCUUAAGACCUGCACCCUGGAGGGUCAAAAUUGGGAGACCUCCCUCCGGUUCCCCGAUCAACAAACUAUGGAAGCGCUUGUGUUCGUCUUCAACCAGAUUGGUCCGAAGUCAACAAAGACAGUCGAGUGGUCUGAGAGCUGGAUUGCCCAGAAAGAUUUCGUGGAAGGCCACAAGGGUCUCUCACUGACUGACUCGCAAGUCAAGUUCGCGUUUGCCAAACGGUACUCUCAGCUUAUGGGCCGCAUUAUCCCAGAUAAGAUCAUCAACUCUUCCACCACAGUUGGAGAUUUCGUCAGCGCUCUCUCCAACGAUCUCAAGGAGAAGCCAGUAAAUGUCGCCAAUGUGCUGGCCAAGGAGACCCUGCCACACAACAUCAAAUUCUCCGCAAAGCGCGAAACCCGCGCUGACCGCGACGAGGACCUCGGUCGGAAGAAGGCUAUCACUGCCGAGCUGUACGAGAGAGGCCUGAUUCUCCCGAAGACGAAGAAGUUCUCUAGCUUCAAAAGAGACCCUAGUGCCCUGAAGAAGACUGGUAAAUUGAUCGAAGCAUGA